GCCAGGUCCAGGAGGCCGCCGGCGUCCGCUUGAUACCGCGCGUGGGCCCGGAAGAGCACGCCCUUCUCGUCGCGCAGGGACGCGCGCAGCGUGACAGGCUGUCCCAGGGAGAGGCCACGCACAGUGAUGCGCACGGGCUCGUCCCACCCGCAGCAGCCCGCGGGCUCCAGCGUCACCGUAGCCGCCAUCCUGAUUAUUGCGGAACAGCGAGGCCGGCUCCCCAGAGUCACGUGUCCGGCCAGGAGUCCCUCCACCUCCCGGGGAAGCAAUUGCAAUUGGAAACUUUGCGAUAUUCAGAUUGGACGCUUGGACACGCUAAGCCGCUGUAUGAAGUCAGCUAGAGUUUGUGAAAAUCCACUAGUGUCUAAUUGGAAGGAAGUAUCUGCCAAAAUAAGAGUUCAUUAUUAUGCAAUCCAGCGCAGUGAGUGUGGAAAUAGACGCACCAAGACCGCUGAGAUUGGGAAAGAUACUAGUAGUUCAGAGAACCUGGAGUUUUAUAAAGCAUCCCAGGCGAUUAUAAUUCAGAUGAUCAGUGAAGAAACAGUCCUAAUCCUUCCAUUGCCUCUCAAUCCUUUACCAAGCCUUUUUCUAGAGUUAAGAGUACCUAGGGUGGCUUCCAGAGCAGGUAGAUGUUUCUGGGAUGAGAUCUACCUGGGUUCCGGUCUGAUCCUGCUCCUUAAGAGCCUGGUGAUCUUUAGCAAGAUAUGUAAUGGAGCCCCUGAAUCCAGUCUCCUUAUCCGUAAAAGGUUUAUUGUGAUGAUUACACGGGCUAACGUGUAAAAGCACCGCACUAAUCCACCUAUAGUGGGUGCUCAGUAAGAGUUUUGCUCUUCAUUCACAAGUGUCGACACUGGCAGUGUGAGGGUUGAGUUGUGUCUGAGUUCUGGCAGGAAUCAAGUGGCACAUUCCAAAUGCAUAGUUUGUGGAGAGUUUCAUAAAGGGACUAUUCCCAAAGGCAUUGGCAAGGUUAAAAAACAAACAAGGUUGGCGGCAGACCCUUGGGCCUGAAGUCUCAAGGGAGACGGCUGCCUGGCAGGAGUUGUAGCUAUGGUGGUGGGAGGCAGGCAGUCCACUGUGAGAUAGUAGGAGUGGAGAGAAUAAACACCUUGACCUCACUCCCCUCUUGCCCUUCAUAUUCCUGAGUGCGUUUCUUUAGCCGAACCCAGCCAAUCAGCUCCGCCUACUAGGUUACACAACAGGGUGGAGGGAGCAUACAGAAGAUGCCCAGUGAGGGCAAGCUCAAUAAAUAUUUAUAAGCUGAACAAAAAGAAGCCAGAGUAGGUCCCAGAUCUCAGAGUUCGGUGAGCUUUGACUACUCUAUCUCCCGAGUAACUGCUGCAGGGUUUUUUAAACACCUGUUGCUUAAAGAGUUACAGGCUGUGCACAAUCUAGGGACACUCAGCUUACAAAGACUUCGUGGGCUAUCACAGCCGCCAGCACAAUUGAAAUCUGCACUCAGAUUUCAGAAAGGCAUGGUGAAAGGUGACUUCUCCCUCUCCCUUCCCUGAUACCCAGGAUGCUGUGAAGAGACGCAGAAAUGGCUCCCAGGCACAUGAGGGGAAAGCAGCUAAGGAGGAGGCCUUGCGUUGGCCAUUCAAAAGUGCCUUCCUGUAGGGAAUUCAGCACAUAGGAACUCCAUGGAAGAAAUAAGUAUUGUACAGGCCAACUGCCAGGGCGGCUUGCUCACAAUCUGAAAAAGAAUCAGCUGCUGUAAGAGAGGAGCGACUUCAUACAAAUUCCAGUGUUUGUCUAGUGACUUGAAGUAGCUGUAGAUUAAUACCCCAAUAUGUGGCGUACUAUCUCCAAUAUUAAACAUAAAAAUUAAUUUCUGUGCCCCUAUUUUAAGGGUAGGGACUUAUGGAUAGACAAAAGCCUUUGCCUGAUUUAGGGUAGGAUCUCUCUGGUUACCCCCAGAUAAUUACACACCCAGAAAUGUUUGUAUCUUGUAAAAGGCCCCUGAACUUUUCCAUGCUUAAUAGCCCACUGACUUUUAUUAUAAAUUCAAUAUGGAAAGGUUGAGUUUCAGAAUGAAUUAUUUCAGUGUUAUCUCUGAUCAGUAUAGCAUCAAUGAGUAAUUUCACUAUCUGAAUUAAACUUAGGACACCUGUUUAAAUAUUGCCUAAACAGAUUAUGUCAAAUGUUAGAGGACUGGAAAUAUCUUGGAGGCAAGACUAUAAGAUAAAUCACUGGCUGCCAAGUGAGAGCAAACUGCUGUUAAUGUCUAAAAUGUAAAUAAAUACAUACAUACAUAUAUACAUAUGGGGAUCAAAAACAAUGCCAUCGUAAGAUUAAUAAAAUAACAAUCAGA